AUGGGAUCUUCAAAAAAGGAAAAGAGCAAAAGAAAGCAUAGCGAAAUAGGGUCUCCUGAGGUUGAUGACCAAUCUGUAAACCAACAUAAACGUCGCUCAAGUAAAAAGGAUGACUCAAGUAAACAUAAGAAUAAGAAGCACACCAGCUCUAAAAAGGAGAAGAAGGAAAAAAAACAUAAGAAGAGUAAGAAAUUAGAUGCAGAUGACAAAAAAAUUGAAAUACCCUUUAGUAACUUUUAUAAUUACUCACAAGCUUUAGAACUUGAGCAUGCUGUAACAAAGUUCGUAGAGUCUUAUAAUAAGAUCAUCGAAUUAUCACCAAAUUUUAAAACGUAUCAACAAAUAGAUAAAAAUAAGGAUAAAAUAGAUUUCCAGCUAGUACCUUCAUUUUCUAGAUAUAAAUUGAAGUUCGCUGCAGAGCUUAAAUCACUCAAUGAAUUGCAUAAACAGCUAAACUUUCAAGAUCUCGAAACAUAUGAAGCACGAUUCAACAAUAACGAAACCAAACCUGUGUUAGAAAAUUUAACCACGAACGAUAUUAAAGAGUUAGAACAAAGUAAGCCAUUAGCUGUGACCAAUGGCAACGAACUUAUCAAUAGCAAUGAGAUUUUUGGUGAAAAUAAGGAACAUACAGAAGAUAUACCUACUUCUUCUGGCAAAGAUUGGCCACCAGAACUUCUUCCGAUCAAAAAUAUUGCAUUAAAAUCACAAGUAUUUAUCCACAAAUCGAUGGUUAACAACAAAUUAUAUCUGACUGAAAAAGAAAUGUUGCAUACACAUAAUGAAAGAUUAGAAUUUCUUGGAGAUUCUGUUUUGAAUACAUUAAUGACACUUAUUAUUUACAAAAUGUUCCCCAAUUAUGACGAAGGUCAGUUAUCGAGCCUUAGAAUUCAAUUAAUUAACAACCAAAAGUUAAAAGAAUUUUCCCAAGCUUAUGACAUGGAUAGAUAUUUAAAAAGUAAUGUUCUCCAAGAUGGUGGAGCAAAAUAUUUUGCUGGGAAACAGAAAAUGACUGCAGAUAUAUUUGAAGCUUAUGUAGGUGCUCUGGUGGAAGAUAAGUCGGUGACAUUGGAUGAUAUUCAAACAUGGUUAGAGAAACUAGCCAUGCCUACUAUCAAGGAAUGUACAAGUACAAAGAAAGGUAUGUUUGAAGAUAAUAACGAUUUAAAUAUAAACGCAAAGAGAAAACUUUACUCGUUAAUAGGAUAUGCAGCAUUAGAAUUGCAGUAUCAGACUGUUCAAAGACCAACUCGCGAAAACCCUGAAACAACGGUGGUUUGUAAAAUCGGAGACGGCACAAUACUAGGUUCAGGUACAGCUAGAAAUACAAAACUGGCAGGUUUAAGAGCUGCUGAGGAUGUAUUGAGUAAAAAGGACGUUAUAGAAAAGUAUGCAAAUCAGAGAGCAGCAAUUCCUAGGUCCGAAUCAUCUACAAAGGCGUCCAAUACCACUAGUAAAUUUUCCAGAGUUAAUAAUCAUAGUGACGAGAAUGGACAAAACAAAUCCAGAAACACCCAUCUGCCGAUUUCCAGCACGACAGGUAAAGUCGUCUUAGGUCCUGACGGGGAACUUCAAAUGCAAUGA